AUGGAUAUCCCACAAUCAGACAACAUCGUGCGGGUCAAACUGCUGGACACUACAGCUUACUUCACCGGUAAAGCGUCUGUCUUCAUUGAUCCCGUUCUUCCUGGGCAUGAGACCUUGAGCUUCUACGAUCUUGCAUUUCUCAUUGAGAACGAUGCCCAAGGGAAGAGAGUGAUGUUCGAUCUUGGAUCGCGCAAGGACUAUUGGAAUUUUCCACCAGCUGUGCAGCGUGCUAUUGGCACCAAGUCAUUAAUUGGCGGAAUGAGAAUUGACAAAGAUGUGAGCGAGAUCUUGGAGGAAGGAGGUGUGAGCUUGAAGAGUAUCAACUCCUGUAUCUGGUCCCACUAUCACUGGGACCACACUGGUAACAUGUCACUGUUUCCUUCAUCUACCUCCAUCACAGUUGGAAAUGGCGUCAAGGCAUCUGGGGUACUGCCAGGGUAUCCCAUUGACCCAAAGUCUUCAGUUCUGGCCUCGGAUUUUGCUAAUCGGGACUUGAUCGAGAUCUACUUCAAAAGUAGCCUUUCAAUCGGGGGAUUUCCAGCACACGACUAUUUCGGAGACGGUUCCUUCUACCUCCUUGACUCCCCUGGUCAUUGUCCAGGACAUAUCUGUGGAUUGGCCCGUACUACUCCAUCCUCUGCGGAAGGGGGUGCCACAUUCGUAUUCAUGGGCGGAGACAUCUGCCACUUUACAGGUGUUUUUCGUCCUACUCCCGAAAACCCUAUACCGGAGCCUGUUCCUGAGUCCAUUGUGAAAUGGCGAGGUGGAGUUAGAAGUUCUCCUGUCUGUCCGUGUUCCUUCACGGCUCAGCAUCCCAAUACUUCUGACGAAGCGGUCGCUCGUAUAACACCAUGGUAUAACAUGCGCGCCGAGUUCCCCUCGGCAUAUCCGGAUUUCGAAGUUGCUCGAGCUUCGGUUCUCAAAUUGCAGUCCAUGGAUAAAAAUGAGAAUAUCCUGGUCUGCAUUGCACACGAUGCGGUAUUGCUCGACUAUUUGCCUGUGUUUAACAAGAGCCCUGGCCAGGACAUCAACGGCUGGAAGAGUGAUGGAGUCAAAGAGAAGUGUCACUGGGGCUGGAUGAAAGACAUCCCGGUUGAUGGACAACCGAUACAUGCUCCCCUAGUCGAGGACUUUUGGAGGGAUGGAAAGCCUUGGGAUUAUGAUGCAUUCAAAAUGACUAUGGAGACGGCCAUUUGA